UUAAACAAAGUAAUAUAGAUGCCCCUCAGUACAUCAAUCCUUUGUAUUAUGAAGACAGAUUUCGCUGAAAAUGUUUUUAACAAUAUUAUCUCCAAUUUUUUUUGCACAGUGACGGCGAUAAUCCGAAUCACACUGAAAAAAUGAUAAUGAAACUUUCGUAUUUUUAUGUCCUCUGUUGCGAAAAGUUGAUCUGUAAUCAAAUUGUUCUACAAACGUGAAAGAACCAAAACCAUACCAAACCUUUAUUAAAAACAAACUUCUGGUGACGAAUAUUACAGUAAAAUAUACUUGAACUAGGGCAGCUGGGAAGCUUUUUAAGAGCUACACUUAAAAAACCCCAAAUUUCAAAGCAAAUAUUUUCUAAAAUUUAUUGCAUAACUCUUGUUGGCCAUGAAACUAGCACGCUGUUGCAACUCAAUCUUCAAAGCAGCCCUGCACACAAAUUCUGUGAAUGACAUUCAAUGCAGCGCGCGCUCAAACAAGUGUCAAAACAAACGAAAUCAUUUGUUUGGAAUCGAAAGCAACGAUUUUAGCACCAAGUAUUGCGGAAUCGAAAUACAAACUGCAGUAUCGAUAAUGUCCGUUGCUACCAAGUGGCGGUCAUUACUGUGUGACUUUAAUCAGCUACAACUGAAGGCUACUCUGCUAGGUGGACAAAGUUUUCGUUGGAAAAACCACAAAUCUCUUGGUUCGGAUCAGAACGAGAAUGAAUUUAUAGGUGUGUUUGCAAACAUUGUAUGGAUACUGCGCCAGACGGAACAAGAAUUGCAAUACCGUAUCGUGGGUGAACAAUCUUAUCCCAAUGGAGCAAACAAGGAUGUAACGAAAUCCCCAUCCGUCUACGAGCCAAACACCGCCGUGAGUAAUCUAGCGCAGGUGCGCCUGAAGGUGGUAGAGCCGGUAGAAUAUGCAACCGGAGGUGACUUAUUGUACCCGGCGUCGUACUACGAGCAGUUGCUACGCAUCUACUUCCGCCUGGAUGUAGAUCUCGAACAACAUUACCAGCAGUGGAUCAAAUGCCACGAACACUUUGCAAACAGUGCCACCAAAUUCUAUGCCGUUCGGCAACUCGAUCAAGACCCAGUAGAGAACUUGUUCUGUUUUAUCUGCUCUCAAAACAAUCACAUCGCACGAAUUUCCGAUAUGGUCGAAAAGCUUUGUCGCAACUAUGGGGAAAAAAUAUGCGAAUAUGAAGGCACAUGCUAUUACAAUUUUCCCUCGGUAGCUGCACUGGCCGAUGCUUCUGUAGAGGCAAAACUACGCGAACUUGGUUUCGGCUACCGGGCAAAGUACAUUCAACGGUCUGCUGACAAAAUUUUGCACCUAGGCGAUCUCGAUUGGUUUCGACAGCUCUGUCAGUUAGAUUAUAAAGCCGCUCACAAGGAGCUACUAUCGCUUCCCGGUAUUGGACCGAAAGUGGCCGACUGUAUCUGUUUGAUGUCGCUCGGACAUUUGCAGGCUAUACCCGUCGAUACGCACGUAUUUCAGCUGGCAAAACAUUACCUACCGUCGCUGGCUAAAUCACAAAAUGUUACUGAUCGACAGUACGUAACAGUGGCCGACAAGUUCCGUGAGAUCUAUGGAGAGUAUGCGGGCUGGGCACAGACGGUACUGUUUUGUUCUGAUUUGCGCCAGUUCAGACAACGUACCGAUUCGGAUGUUCAAGAAAAUUCUGACAAACCAAGAAAAAAACAGAAGAAAAAAGUAUAAGAAAAAAAUAAACGCUCUUAUUU